CAAUCACACCAUGGCGGCGGUGCAAACUCCAUCUAUACACAAACGUCCCCCCAAAACACUAGUUGUCUCGAAUGCAAAAGUACCGAAUAGAGGUAGUACAUCGUAUAUAUUUUAUAUGAAUGUGUAGACAGGAUGAAGAAAGUAGUGCUGGUAACCGGUGCAAACAGUGGUAUUGGCCUUGCUCUGUGUGAGCGUCUACUUACCCAGGAUGCCCAGGCGCAGCUCUGUCUGGCUUGCAGGAACAUGCAGAGAGCUGAGGCUGCCAGACAGGCUCUUCUACUGUCCCACCCUCAAGCUCACGUUUCUCUACUGCACCUAGAUGUUGGCAACAUGCACUCUGUGAUCAGGGCUGCUGGCGAGUUCAAACAGAAGUACAACAGAUUGGACUAUCUGUACCUCAAUGCUGGAAUCAUGCCUAAUCCAAAGGUAGAUCACAAAGCCUUUUAUAAAGGCCUCUUUUCCAGAAAUGUGGUUCAUAUGUUUGCCACGGGAGAGGGUAUUCUGACCCAAGAAGAUAAGGUCACACCCAUUGGUUUACAGGAGGUGUUUGCAACUAAUCUUUUUGGUCAUUUCCUUCUGGUGAGGGAGCUGGAGCCCUUAUUGGGCCAGGGGGACCACAACUCUGUAGUGAUCUGGACAUCCUCCAGUAAUGCCCGGCGAUCAGCCUUUAGUCUAGAUGACGUGCAGCAUCAGAAAGGCCAUGAACCCUACAGCUCCUCCAAAUACGCCUCAGACCUACUUAGCCUAGCCCUAAACCGUCACUACAACAGCCGGGGUCUGUAUUCAUCAGUGAUCUGUCCUGGACUAGUGAUGACUAACCUCACCUACGGCAUUCUACCUUCAUUCUUCUGGACCAUCAUCAUGCCAAUAAUGUGGCUGAUAAGGAUAUUCAUCAACACUUUUACCCUCACACCUUAUAAUGGAGCAGAGGCUUUGUUUUGGCUGUUCAUGCAGAAACCUGAGUCACUGGACCCGAUGGCCAAAUAUCACAGUUUGACCUCUGGGCUUGGAAACAAUUACACCCUGCCAUGCAAGAUGGAUAUUGAUGAAAACAUGUCAGAGGCCCUCUAUGUAAAGUUAUUAGAACUUGAAGAUACAGUACGGAAGAAACUUAUAGACGAGGAUACAGAUAUUAAAAUAAAAAAAUAAAUAUACACACUGGAGACAAAUACAUCUCACACAUUUCAUGCCGCACAACAAACACUGUUUGAGAUGUUCUCUAAAGAAUGGAUAAACCAUAUUUGUUCAUA